CAAUCUCCUGACCUCAAGUGAUCCACCCGCCUCGGCCUUCCAAAGUUCUACGAUUACAGGUGUGAGCCACCAUACGUGCCCUAACUUGCUUUUAUACAUAUGAGAUGAACUAUUCCAUUGUGAAAUUUAUUUUUUGAAGCUGUUAUAUCAACAUCAUUUUUUUUUCUGGCCUAUAUUUUACUUGUUAUUCUGUAUAUUCUGAUGUCUGCCCUACGAACAUCCUUGAAAAGAUAGUCUUGAACAAAGGCAGUCAGGUGCUUCUUCUCAACAGACGUAAAGAAAUGUGAGAUAUGUAGAGAACUCCGUGCAGUAAAGCAAGAGGCAGAGAGGCUGCAGCUAUUCUGAUAGAUUGCUACACUGUGGAAUUAAGGGUGGCAUUAAUUCUUUUUUUCUCUGCUCUGUUUCCUUCUGUUAGUUACUUCACUACUGUUUCUGGCAUCUGGCAUAAUGCCUCAGUACCUAAUACAGUGCCCUGCAUUGAAGAGUCCUUACUUUUUGAGAAAGUAGAAGGAAGGAAGGAAUUCAGUUUCCUAUUACUGCCAUAACAAAUUACCACAAACUCAGUGGUUUAAAACAACUAUAGUUCUGUAGUUCAGAGGUCUCAACAUGGGGCUCUGUCUACUAAAAUUGAGGUGUGAACACAGCAGCAUUACUUACUAGAAGCUAUAGGAGAAAAUCUGUUUCUGUUUCAACUGCCAGAGGCCACCUGCAUCCACUGGCUCAUCGUCAUUUUUUCUGGCCUAUAUUUUACUUGCCUCAAAAUAAAUAAAAGUUUAGAUUAAUUUAGAAUCUUGAUUGUAAAAUGGGAGAAGGCUCCCCUUCUCUGACUCCAAAGCUAGCAACAUAGCAUCUCUCUGACCCAGCUUUCAAUGUCACGUCUUUUUCUGACUCUAAUUUUUGAACUCUCCCUUCCACUUUUAAGGAAACUUGUGGUUACAUUGGGUCCACCUGGAUAAUCCAGGAUAAUCUGUCAGCCAAUCAGCAACCUUAAUUCUGUCUGCAAUCUUAAUUCCCCUUUGCAUGUAACAUAACAUAUUGACAGGUUCCAGGGAUUCAGAUGUAUAUAUCUUUAAAGGGAUCAUUAUUAUGCCUACCCCCUCGCUUUUGAGGGCAGUGCCCAUUCUGACCACAGAUUUAGCUAACCAGCAGGUCAUACAGUAGCAGGAGAGUAAUGUAGGUGAAAGAAAUCACUUAGAAGAAUGUUAUAAGCAUGGUGAGCAUGCUGAGCCUUGCUUAGCCAGUAAAUCCAGUAAUUAUAUUGUGAUUUAAAAAAAACCACUAAACUAGAGAUAAGACAAGGGCAUGAGUAUCAAUCGCCAUGACUUUUUUGGCCGCACAGAAAAGGUUUGGCCUUAACAUAGAUCGAUGGUUGACAAUCCAAAGUGCUGAACAGCCCUACAAGAUUCCUGCUCAAUGCCAUCCUUUUGAAAAAGAAUGGAUAGAAUGUGCAUAUGGAAUCGGUAGUAUUCAGUCAGAGAAAGAGUGCAAAAUAGAAUAUGAUGAUUUCAUAGAGUGUAUACUUCAGCAGAAAAUGAUGAGACAUAUAAGUACCAUCAGGAAGCAGUGGGAUAAGCUGAUAAAGGAAGGGAAGUACACCCCUCCACCUCACCAUGUGAGCAAGGGGGAAUCUCGGCCCUAAGCAGAGCAGCUGCUGAUGUCUGAAGGCUGAUUCUCAUGUCCUCUGUUAUCCACUGGAAAGGUUGUUUACGGAAAACCUCCUUGUCAAAGUGUGUGAAAAUAAAUGGUUGCUCCAUC